AUGGAUCAUAAUAAAAAAGGUGAUCCAAACGACUGGAUUGAAAUUCCAAAAUCCAAGUUUUCAAAAAAUCCAAAAAAUUUAAUUACUGUUGAAAAUCAUAAAAGUUUAGAUCAACAAGAUAUGGAAGGUUUUAAAUCAAACCCUUAUGCAUUAUUAACUAUUCCUGACGGUAAAGAAAAUUCAGAUAAUGAAGACAACGAAGAAACUACAACAAAUUCAACUUCAAAUUCAAAACUUAAUAACAAUAUCAAAGUAAAUGUUUCGGAUAUUACAUCUUUAGGUAUCAAAAAAGAUAUCAAGAAAAAGUCAGCUACUAGUGGUUUAGUAAUGAAUGUUAAUUCAAACGGUACAACAAAAUUAAACAAAAAAGAAUUAAACAGAACUAUCAAAUCAAUUGAUGAAGAUACAUUUUCAACUAAUGAAUUCACUCCAAAAUCAUCAACAGAUUCAACUUCCUUUCAAGCAAAAAUAGAUAAGCCUAUUGGAUAUGAAAACUCAUCAGCAUCAUCAUCAUCAACAAUCAACUUAGGUGAUAAUUUUAAAAGAAAAUUUGACAACGAAACUCCUACCAUCAACUGUAUUAAAAAACAAAAAAUUGAACAUUCAAGUUUAAAUGUGAUUCAAUCUCCAAAUGUUGUUCAAAUUCAAAAAAGACCACCAAAAAAAAUGCUUUUAAGGGAUCCAAUAGGGUCAUUUUUUGGAGUAAGUAAUAAUAUUGAAGAGACUCCUGCUGAAGAAACACCUGCUGAACAUCCACCUGCUGAACAUCCACCUGCUGAACAUCCAUCUGCUGAAUCUUAUAUUCGACCAACUAAUGCUGCUGAUGUUGAACCAUUGAUCAUUAAUUCAAACCCUAGUAAAACAGAAGUUUUUGCACAAGCAUCAAUUUUAAAAAGUUUGGCUAAGAAGCAAGAAAUUUUAUAUAAAAGUGAAAUUUCAAAUCAAUUAAAUGAUAUUCAUCAUGUGACCAAAAAUUUAGUUAAUAAAAAAAAUACAUUGGAGUUAACAAAAAUGGUUAAAGAUUAUGAUUACUGUUUUUUGUCUGAAUUAAAUCGUGAAAGUAAUUUAUUAUUUAAAGGAUUAAAAUCAUACAAACAUGUUGUUGGAUUAUUAAGUAGUCGCUCUGGUAUAUUGGUGAAAGAAUCAAAUAAAUUAAAAAUAAUUGAAACAUUAACAAUUAAUAAACAACUUCCCGAAAUUUACAGAAUUAGGACAGCUGAUUGUUUAAUAGAAGUUGAAGGUAAACAAAUCCUUUUGAUAUCUAUUUAUGGGGUUCUGGGACAUCCUUAUGAAACUAAAGAAAUAAUAAAAGCAAUUUAUGAAAAAGCUAUUAUCACUUAUGCUCAAUCUACAACAAUCCAUUUUUCUGGUGAUUUCAAUUGUUCCAUGCAUAUUACUAAAGAAAAUGACUAUGAGGAAGGAUGUCGUGAAGAAUUUAAAAAAUUGAUAAAUUACUAUAACGCUGUUGAUUCAUUAGGUCAUCAUGAUAGCUGUUAUGCAACUUUUAUUUCUUCCAGGUCAAUCAGAGCAAUUGAUUAUGAUUUUAAAUCAAAACAAUUAAAUAAUUGGUCAACUAAAAUUAGAUUAUUUCAUGAUCAAUUGAGUGAUCAUUUGUCUAUUGAAGGUUCAUAUAACACAUCAUUAUCAACACAACCAUCAUUGAAAUUAUUAAAGGCAAGUGAUUUUGAAUUUAUUCAAAAUGAAUAUUCAAAACUUAAACCUGCUUUUUCAUAUGUUUUUGCAGUCGAAAAACUUCAGCAAAUAGUUUCCAAAGAUGAAGUUGAUUUGGAAGAAAAUGGUAUAGAUGGUGAAAUAAUGAAAACAAUUGAAGAGAAUGGUUUGCCAAUGAUGUCAAUUGAAGAUUAUGAGAAACCUCGGAAAACGGGUCCUUGGUCAGAUUCAGAAGACCAACUAUUGGUUAAAUUAAUUAAAGUUUUCGGUGGGAAUUUUUCAGCACUUGCAAUGUUUUUUCCGGCUAGAAAGUAUUCGCAAAUAAAAGACCACUAUUUCAACGUUGCUGAUAAGACUAUCAAAAAAGGUCUAUUAACACCAAGUGAAAAAGAACAAAUUAACAAUCUUAGAAAUCAAAAAAAAUCAUACUUGGAGAUUGGUAUUUUGAUGAAAAGAGGUCCGGAAUUGGUAGAAAGAUAUUUAAGGAGAGAAAAAGAAAAAGCUGAGGGGUAUAAAACCAAUGAUUAUGGUAAAGAUGAAACUGAAGAUUUAUUAAAAUUAAUUAACGAUGGUAUGGAACUAGGACAAAUAUCAAAAAUAUUAAAAAGAAGCCGAAGAAAUUUAUAUUUGAAACUCAGACGUUUGAAUUAUUUUAACAAAUUGAACAUGGAAGAAAAAGUUGAAAUUGAAGAGUUGUUAAGAUCCAACACUAGUCAUGGAAUUAUUGCCGCUAAACUUAAUAGAAAUAGAUCAUUCAUAAUGGAGUAUGUAAACAGCAUUGAAAGAGAACAAUUUGUUUACUCCAUUAAUGAAAAGUUUUUUGAAGUGGAUCGAGAAGCUUUAUACAAAGAGUAUGGAAAAGAAGAAUUGGAGAUUAUAAUAAAUAAACUGGAUGAUGAAGGAUUUCCUGCUAUUGCUCAAAAAUUACUAGUCGCUGGUUACUAUAGAACAGUUGAUGGUAUUAGAAAGAAAUAUGAUUUACUAAUUAAACAAAAAAGGGAACAUGAACAAAAACUCGAAAGAGGUGAAGUUGACAAUGAAUUUGUGCUCAAACUUGAAACAAGAACAACAGGAUGGUCUGGUUCAGAAGAACAAAAAUUAAAUGCUUUAGUUGCAAAAUAUGGUAGAAGAUUUCCAUUCUUCGCAGAAAAUUAUUUUCCUGAUAGAUCUGCUCAAUCCCUUCAACAUCACUUUAACUACAUCAAUCCCAGUUUAUAUUUGGUUGAAUAUGAAGGUAAAUUUCAAAUCAUCAAUGAACAAGCUUACCAAAAAGCUUUACUAGAAUCAAAACAGUUUAGUUUUCAAGCAAGAAUUCCAAAAGAAAAAUCACCAGAAGUAAAAAACGUUUUCAAUGAUGAUGAUUUAUAUGAAGAACAAGAAGAUGAUGAAAUUGAAGAAUUAAUUCAUGAUGAAGAUGAUGGUGAAAACAAUGAGUCACCUUUUGUUGUAAAAACUAUCAAGGCCUAUACAAAAGAGGAAAAUCUCAGACUUUUGGCAAUAGGUAAUGUAUUUAAAAGAUGGUUUGUUAUCAAAUUAUGGGGUUUGUUUCCAGGUAGAAGCGCCCAUAAUUUAAGCGGUCAGUAUUUAAAAUUAAGAAAUUUUGAUGAAAAAUCAUUAACUGCAUACUUAAACAGAAAUGGUUACGAUACUAAUGAAUACUGUUGGACAACAGAGCUUCAAAAUCUUCUAAUAGAUAAAAGAGAUGAAGGAUCAAAAUGGGAUGAUAUAUCAAAAAUUCCUGAAUUUUCUGGUUCAAAUUCUGGAUAUUUGAAAAAUUAUUAUUAUCAACUAAAUGUUGUCCAAUAUUUGGUUGAAGAAAAUGAAUAUGGGAAUUUUUCCAUCAAAUCCAAAAGAUAUGUUGAAAAUACUACCAAUCAAAUGAUGAUCCCACCUAUAGAAUUGCCAAAAAAGUAUGAAACCAGAGUAAUCAAACCUGAAACCUACAAUCCAUUAAUUGAUUCAUUUACAGAAGAAGACAAUGAAAGAUUAAAAAAGUUAUAUAAAGUGGUCAAAGAUUUUGGCAUCAUUCAACAAGUUUUCAAUUAUUCAAUUAAUGAGUUAAAAUCACACUGGUCAAGAAUCAAUGAAAAAAUGGAUCAGGUAGUUGAAUAUGAAAAUUCAACUUUUGAAUUUUGUUCCAAAUCAAGCUUGGAUGAGAUUCGUCAAAAUGAGAAAGAUGCGAUAGCAAACAAGAUUCCCAUAUUAAAACGUGUCUUACAGGCAUUCAAUUUAAGUGGUGAUGAUGUUGUAGCUACGGAUGUUCAAAAAAGAGCUUUUAGAUGGAGCCAUCAUAAUGAAAGAAGAUUGUCCAAUUUGGCAAAAGCAAUGGAUGUGGCUUUACCUACAAAAAAUUGGUUGGCCAUAGCUCACAAAACUACGUUUUUUCCUGGUAAGUCAAAUAUGGAUAUCUUCAAUCAGCUUAAAUACAUUAAAAGAAGAAAAUAA